CCAGUCAGCACAAUGCCUACAAGCCCAAGUUGUAAGUUGUUUUCCGCCUAAAAACUCAAGCUCUCGCUCGAAACCCCCAUUCAACGAUACACACCCCAAAAUGAGCGCCGCUCUCCGGAAAAAUGCUGGCAUUCACCGCCUGUUCCAGAGCCAUCCGAUAACCCACCUUAACGGCCCAACCCGAGCUCCCGUUUUGAGGACCCAAACGACGCGGUCUAGAGCUUAUUUCCGGUUCCCCAUUUUCCUCAGGCGAACUCGAGAAAACGAGCUCUCCCCAUCUUUCUUCUCUUCGCCUUUCUCUUCUUCUUCGUCGGUAUCGAAAGUUGGUUUUGUGGGGUGGUACUUGGGGAUGGUGAAGUCCCGGCCGGUCUUAACGAAGAGCGUCACCUCCGCGCUUAUUUACACAGCCGCUGACCUGUCUUCUCAGAUACUUUCACUGCCAUCUACAGAAACUUUUGAUUUUGUGAGGAUAUUGCGCAUGGCUGGAUAUGGCAUGCUAAUAUUAGGACCAUCGCUGCAUUUUUGGUUCAACUUCAUGUCAAAGCUCUUUCCAAAGCGGGAUCUAUUCUCUACAUUGAAGAAAAUGGUCAUGGGGCAGGCACUAUAUGGACCUACAAUGACUGCUGUUUUCUUCUCUGUGAAUGCAUGUUUACAAGGUGAAAACAUUGCAGAGAUUGUUGCGCGAUUAAAACGAGACUUGCUCCCUACAAUGAUCAACGGUGUCAUGUAUUGGCCUGUCUGUGAUUUUGUCACAUUCAGAUUCGCACCUGUCCAUUUACAACCAUUGGUGACCAAUUCGUUUUCAUAUUUGUGGACCGUUUAUAUGACAUACAAGGCAAGCCUAGAUAAAGUGAGCACUAACUCCUAGCAGAUUGACUCGAUAGUGUCAAUUCUGUUUUGGCCAUCAGAAGAAGAUACACAGAUAUUUAUUUUGACCGCACAGCCUCUGGGUGGAAGAUGCCUGUGGAAUCAUACAAACCAAACUAUCUAAGGCGCCUUUGCAGAAAUUCAAAUGUUAUAUACACAGCGGAAGCAUGGUUGAAGCAGAACAUGAGAGCCAACUCCGCUUAUAAUAUACGAGGGCAACCAGCUUUUUUCACACUUUUUGUGGGAAUUAUUGAACUUUUUCUAGUCGAAUCACGUAAUUUUUAUUCUUUGAUUGCCUACUAAGGCUUAUUUAAAGCAGUGUAUUGAUGUUGUUAGACAAAUUAUAUUUGCAGAGAAUAUGUCUCU